AUGAUGCAAGCAGCGCUGGAGGCGGCGAUGGAAGAGGCUGCCGCCAGAGAGUCUGGGGUUGCUGGAGGUCAGCAGUAUCAUGAGGACGAGGAACAAUCACAACAAUCACAGCAGUCAGAAGAAUCAUCACAACAUAUAGAACAUUCCUCGUCGUCACAGCAACACCAUGACCUGGACGCUGAACAACUAGUCUUUCUUCGAGCACUUCAAGAUGCAGAAGAGGGGGAACAAGCGGAGUUGUUGCAGAGGAUGAUUGAACUGGGCCAAGAUGACCCUAGUGUUCAAGCUCUGCUGCAACUGCUAGCUCAGGAAGAACGGGAAAAUGCAAGACCAGAGGAACAUUACCUCACAAUUGCGCAAAAUGGAAUGAUCUUGGAAGCCACGAAAACGGCUACUGGAUAUCCACCAGAUGCUCUGUUAAUGACAUCUGCAUACGAUGCCGUGUACGAAGAUGACUUGCCCGGACUACUGGCAGUAAAGACUCACUUUUGGGACAACGGACACCCAGAUGUCGAAGUAUAUUUGCGGCGACGAACAAUAGAUGGGGACUGGAUAUGGCUGGUAACCAAAGCUGUAUCCUAUGUGGACCAGCCGAUACCUGGCAUUAUAUUGUUGGAGCGAGCGGUGGACGACGUGGAACAUGCAAAUCGAAUAAGCAGAAUCAUUCGAAUAUCUGCGAUUCUGGUGCAAGCUGUAGAGGCGGCCCAAGUGGCGUCGCUGAAUCCAGGAUUGACAGAUGAGCUGCAGGGAUCGGACAAUGGUUCUGUGGACAGUUCCACGCAAAUACCUUGGGUGGCAGAGGAUGCUGCUGCCUAUCAAGCCAUGUUACAGGGUGGUGCAGCAGCUGCUGGAGGCCAUCCUAGUGUGGAAGAUACUUUAGCACAAAUUAUGAAAGCUGCAGCAACAGGUGGGGCGAUGAGCAAGAAUAAAGCUGCAGCUACGGCAAAGCUCGAACAAGAAAUUAUGGAACGAUAUGGCACAAAGAAGAAAGAAAGUUUCGACCCUUUUUCAGUGCUAGAAGAGGUUCGUGAGGGAGUGAGACUUGACUUGGGAAUGAUCAGUUUAUCGGAAAGUGAGAUAAAAAUGAUCACAAUGGUAUUGAAAGGCGAAAUCCCAGCCGAAGACUUGGCAACGCUGGUAUACCAGGCGCUCAGUGUCGGAGUUGGGAUCGAUCAAGCUCUGAGAGAGUACAUGGUGCUUAGGUCGCAGAUCGAUGAACCCGGGGAUUCCCUCGCAAAUAUGCCACCCAUUGCUGUUUUGAAUCUUUCCUAUACCUAUAUGGGAAACACAGCUAUUGAAAUCCUUUCCGAUCUGGUGCAAAUGGAGGGCUCAUUGUUGAGAACGAUUGAUAUCAGCUUCUGUGCACUGGAUGAAAGGGGCACUAUUAUUUUCGCGAAUGCACUCAAACAAAGGCGACGACGAGGGAUUGCACCCUUGAGAGGAUUAAUAGUGUCGGGGAACCAUAUCACCCUCAAGGGUGCCAGAGCACUGGGUCGAGCGCUUUGUCCCGAAGAACCUUCGCCUUCGGACGACAGCUCAUUCGGAGACGAAGCUAAGCAGGAGCAAACCGAGGCCAUGGUCGAUGCCGCGAAGAAAUACCUGAGCAAAAACCACGGACUUCAAGUGCUCCACUUGGGUUCCGCAUUGAAGGAUGCCGACUCUGUUGCUGAGUUCCUCGGUGGACUCGGACCAAACUGUCCCGUCAAAGAGAUGAGUUUGACGUCAAACGGAAUCGGGGCUAGCGGAAUUACACAGCUUGUAGACUUCUUGGAAGGAAAAGGGAUGCCAAAGGGGACGAAGGUGAUGAAACACUUGGACCGAUUAGACCUUUCAAAUAACAGGCUGGGUAACGAUGGUCUUACCCAACUAUGCCGCGCAAUCUCAAAACGAAACGGAAUGCAGUUGGUAGAAUUGAGGUUAUCUAACAAUGCAAUUGCUCACAGUGGAAUUGAAACAAUGAUGAGUAAGCUUUUGCAACACAAUCUUGUCAGUUUAUCUCUUGACAAGAAUGCUAUUGGGGAUCAAGGUUGUCAGAUUGUUGCUGCAUCAUUAAACGGCAUGCGAUCUCUUUCGCGCUUGAAUCUUGGCUUCAAUCAAAUUGGAAGUCGAGGUGUGAACAGUUUGAUGAGAAGUUUGGUUGCGUGUGAUUCGAUCCAGUACAUCAGUCUUUCUGGGAAUAUCAUGAAAAUCUCCGGUGCUGUUGCGCUUGCCUUCUUAUUGGCGCAACAUCCUCGGUUAGAAGAGCUUGAUGUCGACAAUUGUUGUCUCAGUCAAGCCGCACAGUGCCACAUCGUCUCAGGAAUCAUUUCCAACAGAUGGGUACCCAUGAAACGAAUGAAUGGUUUCGAGGCCGGUCCACCAAUGGUUGCGCUUGGUGCCCUUCAAAUUUCCGCUCAAAGUCUAAGCAAUGAAGAAUGUUUUCGAAUCCGAAAGGAUGAACAGAUGAAAACCAUUCUGGAGUGGAUGGAAUCCAACCGAAAUGCCAAGCUCGCGGGUGCAAGGGGAGCAGGACUAGGAGAUGUUAACAGUGAUUCGUACCAGCACUUCUUGUCUCCUGAGUUUGUGCAGAGCCAGAAUGAAUUUCAAGGUAUCCCAUCACAGAAUGCGUACUUAAGGCUGCUAGGAUGGCUUAGUCGUAUUCCAUUCGACGAGGACGAGCUCAUAUCGCUGAGGAAAUACUUCUACGAUUCUGAUGGUGCUUCUGAAGAUCGUGGUAGUGAGGGUUACAUCAACUUGCGGCUCAGAGGUGAUCUUCUUGCGGCGCUUGAAAGUGAUGUUGCCGACGAACUCCGUGACGAGACUCCAAUGCUUGUCAAGUAUCAAGGAUCAGUUGGUAUUGAUUUGGACAUUAUUAAUGGAGGAAACAAUCCAGAUGCUUCUCCAUGGGACCAAAUGCUAGGAAAAAGCUUUGACAAGCCACAAAGAAUCCAAGCAGACCCAGCUCUGGAGAAGAUACCAGAUGAGGAACCUUCGGAACAUAUGAUGGAAGAUGAUAAUAGCUGGUCGGGACACAUGUCCGAUGAGGAAGAAGUGAACAGAAAACGACGCAUGCAACAGGAUUUCUCGGACGAUUCUUUCGAAAACAAUGGAGAUUAUCGAGGACCAUCAUCUCGCAGCUCAAUGUCGGACAUGUCGCGGCAAAGUAGCUCCACUGAAUCAGAUGGUGAAAGCUAUGCGUCGGACGAUGAUCGAAGGCGAAAUAGAGGAAUCAAAGCACGAAUCACAAUGUUCCCUCAAUUUGAAUACAAGCUGGAAGAGCUUAAGGCCACAGCUACUGAAAUGAUAGAGUCAGAGGAGGACCAGGAGCAGCAGGAGAUUAUCCUAACGCAGUACGCUGAAGCAUCAUUGACAAUCCUUCGGCAGCUGCGAUACCAUUGCAUGAAUAGCGGGCUCGACGGUUGGCGACAAGGCUCGGUGAAACGGAAGGUGUUGAUCGUUGAUGACAGUAAUGUCACAAGGAAACUCGUUUCUCGCGCCUUCGAAAAAGCCAACUUUAUCGUGGAUACAGCUGCCAAUGGAUUGGAAGGUGUCAAGAAGCUGAAGACCUCAAUUUAUGACAUUGCCUUUAUGGAUAUCGAUAUGCCUGUCAUGAACGGUUUCGAAGCAACAAAGAAGUUGCGAGAAUGGGAAGAUGCCGUUCGACCAGGAACAAGACAACCGAUAUGCGCGCUAACUGCUGCAUACGUUGAUGGAAUUAUCGAGAGGAGCGAGUUGAUGAAAUGCAAAGAAGCUGGACUUGAUGUGAUGGAAAGUAAGCCAUGCAACAUCCCGAGAUUAUUCAAGGUUGUUGAUGAUGUGUCUCCAAUGUUCAGUGACCUCAGCAUUAGCGUGAUCCAAAAAGAAAGGGGUGCGAUGUAG